AUGGACAUGAGCAACAGCGUGUGCUUGCACCAGUGCAGCAGAGAAUGGAGCACAUAUGGUGCAGGAGCACCCAUCAGCCAAUGGCGAGGACGCCUCAUAGACAACGCACCAUCGUGUGACACGCUGAAGCAGCAAGUGACAGACGUGCAUCUGUGCCCUUCGUCGAUCCCUUCCAUCCACUCCCUGUUCGACGCAACGACCACAGUUCCAGCGAGCAACGGCCUCAUUUACAUGCUGAAUCAUCCCUGCUCCACACGCAGCGAUUACAGUGCAGUGGUCUGGCGGCGUGCUUGCACCCCUAACGGCAACAUCAACGACCAGCAUCAGGAGGCGUGCUUGCUUGUUGUGAAUGAUGGCCUUGUCCACUGCAUUCCUCCCGCCAACGCGGAGUUUGUGCUCGUCAUCGAUCCAGGAUGCUGA